CGGGUGCCUCUUGAGACCUGCCAGUUAAGUAUUGACAUUUUUGGGAUGGAGCUGCUGAAGGGAUUGCCGUGGCGUCGUGCUUUCCUGGCUGUCAUCCUCAACCUGCUGGCUCUCAGCCUCUCCACCACUGCCUUGCUCAGCAGCUACUGGUGCACCGGGACCCAAAAAGUGCCCAAGCCUUUGUGUGGGAAGAGCAAAGCCACCAAGUGCAUCGGUGUCCCCAUGCCGCCCGACGCAGGUGCUAGCAACAUUUCAUCCCAGGAUGUGGUGCACUACAGCUGGGAGACCGGGGACGACCGCUUUGCCUUCAGAUACUUCCACACGGGGAUGUGGCUUUCCUGUGAAGAGAGCAUGGAAGGGCCAGAAGAGAAAUGCCGUAGCUUUAUUGAGCUUUCACCACCAGCAGAGAGAGGAAUCCUGUGGCUGUCGCUGGGAUCAGAGAUGUUGUACAUCAGCUUGCUGCUCAUCAGCUUCAUCCUCCUGAUGGUGGAAAUGCUGCAUACUGGCAAUCCUGUCUGUGGGCUGAAGCUCAACGCCUUUGCUGCUCUCUCCUCGGUGCUGUCAGGUCUCCUUGGGAUGGUGGCACACAUGAUGUACACUCAAGUCUUCCAGGCAACGGUUAAUCUGGGACCAGAGGACUGGAGACCGCACUCAUGGGACUACGGCUGGGCAUUCUACAUGGCCUGGGCCUCCUUCACCUGCUGCAUGGCCUCUGCCGUCACCACUCUCAACACCUACACCAAGACGGUGCUGGAGUUCAAAAGGAACCACAUCAAGGGCUACACUGGGAGCUUCAAGGAUCAGCCUCAGCACCACCAGUGCUUCAUACAGCAGCAAAUAAGCAGCUACUACGAGCCCCACGACAAGCCCCUCCACUCCGUCUCCGAGGGAGUCGACUUCUACUCCGAGCUGCAGCAGAAAGUGCUACAGCGGGAACCAGAGCUGGAGCUGGACGAGGUCUUGGGACAGACAAUCGGGGAGGAUCGCUGUUAG